AUAGUGGCCGCCGCGCCGGCGCGACAUAACGCUUUCCACAACAACCUUGGGAAAACCAUUUGAUUUUUUCAUUCAGUAAUCAUGAUGGUGGUGAGAACUUAUCAACUGGCGUUAUAUGCCGUCACGCUAAUGUGGCACUCGCAGACCGAGGCGCGCUCCUCGGCGCUCAAGUUCUGCGGCCGCCAGCUCGGAGAGAUCAUGAGCAAAGUCUGCUACGCGUACAAUAGUCCCGCUUGGGAUGUGCCUACAGUGGUAGAACAUGGAGCAUUGGCGCGACGGAAACGACAGCUAGGCAUAGCGGAUGAGUGCUGUACAAUCGGCUGCACGUGGGAACAACUCAGCAAAUAUUGCUCGGUCAGCGCGUACUCAGAGUCGCCGUUAGGCAUGUUGGAGGCUCACAUGAUCGCGGACCGUUCUGCGGAGCAAGGCGCCAGAGCGCCCCCUGCGGCGGUCGGGCAGGCGGGCUACAAGAAGGGCGGCGCAGAUACCACCGAGACACGGCGUGAGGUGGGACGAGCGCGGAGUCGCGGGUACGGGAGCGCGAGGAGGCGCCGCUGUUGGUGCCGGCGCAAGCGGCGCUCGGGCCGGCGGCGAUCCUCUCUCAUGGAACCUCAUAAAAAAUGCAGCGCGCGCUGCGCCCGUGGUAGGCACCGUGUCUCCUCUGCUGACCUGGGGCAGAACCCUAAACACUGAUUUGCCCCCGAACGAGCAAGACCGAUAUGCAUAUGUCGCCAUUUAUACAUAGCCUUUGGUGACUGAAAAGUGUACAAAUACUAAUGUAAAUCUUCGAAGCGAUCCAGCUCCAAGGAUCAAGCUUUUCUGGCCUCCGAAAAACAAAGAAAGAGGUCAAUGACUCUGUGUUCAUUCGUUUAACUUUUUAUAGUCGUAUGUAAAAGCUUUUCUGGCAAGUUUUAAGUAGAUGUGAAAAAAAGUAAGCUAAAUUAUCGUGUGAAAACUGUGUCCGUAAACUUCCUUGAAACGUUUAGUCACUUGAAAUUAGUUUUACCUAUCAAUAGUUUAUGAAUUAACUGUGUAUGUGAUUUUAGCCCAUUCCCAAUAAUUCAAUUUACACAAUUUAUAUUAUACAUUACCUUGUAUUAGAAUUAAACUUCAUUACUGUACUAAGCCUACAAAAUAUCAUG